UGUUUGCGUAAAUAUAUAUAAACAAAAAUGUUUCUUUACAUAAAAUCAUGUCUGAUCUUAACUAGUUUUUGAUGAUAUAAUGUUAAUUUAUAAAAGUGCUUUUUAUUUGUACUGAAUUAUGUGGAAAUCGCCUCUGUCGUGAAGUGGUAUCGCUUGUUCAUUUACAUAGUUGAUCCAGAAACUUAGCCAAAUGCUGCCUUCUAUGCCAGUUUUGUUUUCUCGGGACAGUGAAGAUGCAUUCGGCAAUAAAAUUGAACCAAGCACAAGCUUUUUCAAUGCAAAUUGGGUCGCCAAACCAGCUAUAAAACCAGAGCCUCCUCCUUUGCCUUGUACAGUUACGAAAGAACCAGUAAAAGUAGUGCAAAAAGAACCAAAAUCCAAAGGGACUAAGAAGAAGGAGGAACCACCCAAAUUUGAUAAUAAUGCUUUGGAGACAGCCUUAGUUAAAUCAUACUAUACUAAAGUACAAUCACGGUUUUCUUCCAAUCCAUCGGUGCCUAACAACAAAUUUAUUCAAUUUCAAAAUAUCUUGAAAACAUUUGAUCCAUCAAAGGAAACUCCAGUGGAAUUAUAUAAGAAAAUUGAGAAAUUGUGUGGUGAAGAGCAUAAAGAUAUUUUGGAAGACUUUUUAUUGUUUUUAAAACCUGGACAGGCAGCAGAAGUGGGCUGUUUUAUGGACCACUUUAUGAUGGACAGGCUCAAUGGAUUCAUAGAACUUUUACAUAGGACUUUUUACCGAAAGCCAACAGUUUUAAGGAAAAUUCUCAGAGCUUUAACCACAGGCCUGAAUAGCGACAGUAGUGAACAGAUGAAGACUCGUGUACUCCCACACUUGAGAUCUAAUCCACUCCUCGUUCAACUUUUCAAAUCAUUGUUCCCAGACGAAAGGCCACCAGACAGUGCUUAUGAAAACGCCACCGAUACCAUAAACGAAAGCUUCCUCACUGCUGACACGGGCUAUGAUGUAUGGGAGUUUCAAGAAGAAUCCAACAACAAGCGCAAACUCGAUGUCAAAGAGGGACUGGACACAAUGUACCUCCACGGCCGAGUGUUCCUCCAGCACGGCAGGCUACUUCGUUCCGCCAGCGUCACAUAUCCGUACAGCAAGGAACCUUACCGAGUGCAUACCAGACGCCUCGCCCCGGCCCACUGCCACCUAUCUCCGCCUGACUCCGGCGACGAGCGGUCCUCACCGAAACGAGCCAACAAAAACGCCAAAGCGACCCCCCGAAAAACGAAGAAACAGCUCAAAUCUCCCGUGAAAAACAUGAAAGACGUCAACGAUAACACCAAGUUAAAAGACUGUGCCGUAACCAACAUUGCGAAUAGUCCUAAGACCACGAAAAUCAAAGCGCAGAACAACAAAAAGAAUUGCAAAAAGGAAGACGCUAAUAACAAAAGGGAUAGGAAAGAUAACCGAGCAGCCAAUUGCCAGAAAAAAGAGGAGAGCUCGAAAGCUAAGCAGGCUAAAGUCGAACCUCCUGCUGUGAUAACUGAAACUAAAAUCGCGGUGACGAAAAACAACAGUUGGACCAGAGAUGAGGACAAGACGAUGCUGCAAGUCAUCAAGUGCGAAGCGGAUUCGGAGGUUGUUUUCGGACGAAUAGGUGAGCUUUUGCCGCAUCGAUCCGUCUCCGAGAUCAAGGAAAGGUUCUGCCACGUUAUGUCCUUACUGCAACAGAUGGCAGUGGGUGAGGUGACCUAAUUUUUACUGUUAUGAAACUGGAACGUAGAUUGUAAGAAAAAAUCUUAUUUAUAAUUUUGUAAAAAAUAAAAAAGUAUUUUCGAC